AGACCUCGGACCUAGUCACCUCUCUAGAUAUCGAAUGCUUUAGCAAAACUCGAGAAUUAUGAAAAUAAAGAGUUUAAAUAAGAGAAAUAAAACGUCUUCGAAGUAGAAAAACCUUUUAGCAGAACUACACCAUGGCAAGUUUUAUACAGAAGAGCCUUCCGCUGGCAAAACCAAGAAAUCCUACUCUUCUGUUCCUCCGAUUUAGAGGAAAAAUAAAUAUUCAACGGCCUAAGGAGCCGCAUUAUGAACGGGCCAGAGUCAUCGCAGUCACUCAGCCGAAAUAUCCGGAACCAUCAAAGGCCAAAAGCUGUUUUAAAACGCGGGCAGAGCGAACGCAUCAGCAUGUGGAAAACCCCUACAACGAUAUAAUCGCACGCGAGAUACGCAACUGGCUGGACCAUUCCAAGCUGGUGGCCAUUUUCCACCUGAACUCAAUCAACGCCGACGAGAUAUUUCGCGUGCGUGUCCAGUUGCACAAGCAGAACCUUCACCUCAAGUCCUACGGCAGCAAGAUUAUAGGACAAGCUGUGGCGGAUACUCGCUACGAGGCCAUCCUGCCACUAUUUCACUCAAACCACUGCAUCGUAUUCUCCCCGGACCAGCAGAAAACUGCGACUCUGCUUAAGAUAACCCGCAAGGUGCCGCAAAUGGUCCUUUUGGGCGGCAUAGUGGAGGGGACCAUGCUCAGCAGAAACCAACUGUUAACCUACGCACAGAUGCCGGGUCUGCAGGCCGCGCAGGCGCAACUCGUCCAUAUCCUUAACCAGGCGUCAGGCAAUCUCGUCCAGCACUUGUCAAUACAUCAGAAUAGCUUAGUACGAGUGCUCGAUGCCCAAUCCAAAGACUUGGCGACAAAGAAGGAGCCGGAAUCCAAUUUAACGGCAGAGUUAAAGUAAAACCAAUUCUGUUACAUACUAAGAGAAACUAUAAUUGGUUUAUUUCUUUUCAAUCUAAAAUUUUUUGCAAAAAAAUUGUUUAUUUUCGAACUGAUAUUCAUUUUUACAGAUAUGAUUGACCUUAACAAAAUGUGUAACCAAGUACUGUUAAGAAAGUUCGGAUAUAAAAAUCAGAAAUAUUGUA